AUGAAAAAUAUUUUGUUUAAAUAUUUAUUAUUUUUAAUAUUUUUAUUUAAUGUCGAAUCUUCAAAAAUUUUAGUUUUUAGUCCAACUAUAAGUCGAAGUCAUAUGAUUUCCAAUGCCCGAAUAGCUGAUACUUUAGCUAGUGAUGGACAUAAUGUUACCCUUUUAGAAGUUGAAUUUCUUGCAAAGGUGGGAGAGUUAAAUGCUUCAAAAGUUGCAAAUACACUAUUAGUGCCGGGUCAAUUUAUAGAUCCAAAAGAAUUUAAUUCAUCCAUGAUAGCUGAAAUGUCAUUUAAGAAUGUUUUUUUACCUAUGGAUUUUCUAGUUGGUACUAUUUUACAAACAUCUUUCAAUAUUGCUUGUGAAAGUAAGUUAAAGAGAUAG